GUGUGUAAGUUGGAAAUAUUUUCUGGUUCUUCUGGAUUCUUAAGUAUCUUGUCUGGGAAGAGAGCAGAAUGGCCUUGGAAAAUUUGGCCAGAUCUCUUGUGAGCAGAAAGACCUGUGGAGAUACAUCUGUCCAUUAUGGAGCUGUAUUAGAGACCAGAGAGAAGAUGAAGAAACAACAACACCCAGUAGAUGCAGAAAUUAGAAAAGGCCCUCCAGCUGCUCAGCCUUGGAGCUGUAGGAGGAAUGGGGCAAGUCCUAGGUGGAAGAGCCACAAAAAGGCAUUCAAUAGUUCAGACGUCCAGUGCUGUCACUUCAGAAAAGUGCAGUUCCAGGAGGGGAGCCGCCCCCGAGAUGUUUGCACUCAGCUUCACUAUCUUUGUCGUCAGUGGCUGCAACCAGAAAAACACACCAAGGCUCAGAUGCUGGACCUGGUGCUCCUGGAACAAUUGCUGGCUGUGCUUCCCCCAGAGAUGGCAAAAUGGGUGCGGGAGUGUGGAGCAGAGACCAGUUCCCAGGCGGUGUCCCUGGCUGAAGGCUUCUUGCUGACUCAGGAGGAGGAAAACAUGCAAGAAGAGUUGCAGAAAUGCGUGGAAGCUGUGACUGAAUAUCCCAAGGGGAGGAAAGAUUCAUUCAGAUCUUCUCAAGAGCUGCUCUUCAGGGAGAACUUCCAGGAUGAUCAAAGUCAAGACGCUAUGCAAGAGAGUAGAAAGCUGUCCUUGGACUUUUUAGAAUCACCUCUUUCUGAUAGAGCUGAAGGAUUAUCUGGACCGUUACUUCAGGUAAGGAGGAGAAACAUCGGAAAAGAUCCAUAAAUAUUGGAUGGAUUCCAUUUUGUUCUAGAGUUCAAUGUAUAAAAUUGUUUUUUCUAAGCAAUACAAAUUCAAUACCAGGUCACUGAAUAUUCUCCUUUCUGAGGGGAUCCUCUGUGAGUCGCUUUCUCCACCCGUCCUGCUUCUACAUCAGAUUUCAUUGGCCAGACUGUUGUCAGAAUUGGGGCACUUUCUC